UCUUUAUCUGCAGUUUCAUUAGCUUUACCAAAUGAAUUGUCACUAGAGCAAGUAGUAUCAUCGUUUUCGGCAGUUUUACCAGAACGUUAGUGUUACUAUGUACAAUCAUCGGAUAUGAUUUUGAUUCAUCUCGAUGUAGGUAGCUUGUUGGAAAAAUUAAGAUUACGAGUAACAGCUGAUCUUUCUGUUACGCUUGUAAUGCCACAUCGAUCAGAAAUAAUUCUCACUGAUCGUGUAUCAUCUAUGGAAGAAUUGUACGCAUCUAUGCGUAAAGCAGAAUCCCUCACAAUUUGUUGCGGAACAUUAUUUGAUGAAAAUAGAUAUGCCACCCAGUGUAGUGGAAUCAUCACACCAAAUGAAAAUUAUCAGCGUCAGCAAUUAAAUCCUCGCUGUCGAGCGUGCCGCAUACUUCGCCAAAGAAUACAAGCAAACAUGAGAUAUAAACGCGAUUCGACACUUGCUUUUCGUAUUAAACGAAAAAAGGAAAUUUACCGACAACGAUGUCAUCGACUUAUUAAGAAGAUGAACAUAAUAAUUUCGUUUCAUUUUGAACGUGAUAAUUUUGAGUACGAUUAUCUCAUGACAUCUCGUCUCAGUCAAGAUCCCUUGGAGAGAUUUUUUUCUAUCAUGCGGAAUUCUUGUGGAUCCAAUGAUCACCCCGAUCCAAAAUUAUUUGGUCAAGUAUUCAGACUCGUAUCGUGUUUCUCCUUAGUUCGUCCACCAAAAGACUGUAACGUUUCUGGCCCUCAGCUUUUGUCAACAUUAAUGCAAACUCAAGAUUCGUUGUACCUAACACAAAGACCUAGGAAAGAGUGGUUAAAUAAAAUUGAUGAAUUAUUAGAAGAUAAUUUUGAAAACGAAGAGCGAGAUUGUGUUGAAGAUGAUAUUACGGAGCAUGAUUACUGUAUUUUUAAUACAAGCGAUGAAGUUCAAGCAUUCAUUGCUGGUUACAUUACUAAAAAAAUGCAAAUUUUAUUAAGGUACGAAGAUUGUAAAUUACUUUACAAGCAACGGAAGAUGAACGGAACGAUGAAUAUAGUUGGAACAUCGGAAGUUCAAAUAGACACUCUUCACGACAUACUCAAAGAAGCAGGAAAACAAAAUUUACCACAUGUUGGCUGUGAAUCUCAUGAACAUGAAGUAACUUCAAGGGUGAUCGACAAUAAUUAUAUUCGGCUUCGUGAGGUAACUAAAAAAAUAGAAUUGUUGCGUCAAAAUAAUGCAAAAAUUGAUGCUAUAGAUGCAGCAGGUCGAACUCCAUUUCUUUCAGCUUGUGAUUCUGGCAAUCUUGAAGCAGUCAAAUAUCCAAUAAAUAAUAAUGCUAAUAUUCAUCCUAGUGAUUCAGAAAAAUAA